GCGGGGGUGAAAAGAGCUAUAAGGGGGCUUGUGGUGGUUUAACUUUUGUUGUGCUCUAGCUGUAAGCUCGUACCCAUGCACUUUCCUCUGUGUGGUGUAAUUCACCACACACAAACUCCUCUAAACUCACUUCUCCUAUUUGCCAGGACUAGAAAGGGCAUUUUUAUUUCACUAAACCUGACAGACAAAGGCAGUCCGCUUCCACAAGCUGAACUUUGGUAAAAACAAAGUCUUGGACCUGCAUCACACAUUGGUGCUCCAUCAUGCCCUGGGUCACAGCGCUAAUAGCAACCAUAUCCUGCAUCCUGAUUAGACAAGGCUCCUGUCAAUCAAACUCCUCAAACAACUUCCUGCUCCUCGAUGACCCAAUGGCUGCGCACCUUCGUGGCCUCUAUGCCACCCGCUCACCUCUGACCCUCCCCGUGGACAUUGAAAGGUCGGAGGGUGUGACCUCGGAGCCUCUGCGUGCCCUUCACGCCUCCUGGCGCUCCUUCUCUUCCUCGCCGGCGUCCGGGAACAGCUCGGUGCAUGGCGGUCCGUCUCCACCCCCUCCGGCAUGCUCGCGGACGACGUCCAUGAAGCUGGCACUCAAGUACGUCAACGUGGUGCUGUCGUGCGUGAUCUUCGUCGUAGGCGUGGUGGGCAACGGCACGCUCCUGCGGAUUAUAUUCCAGAAGAGCAUGAGGAACCGGCCCAACGCCCUCAUCGCCAGCCUGGCCCUUGGAGACCUCAUCUACAUUGCUAUUGACAUCCCCAUCCAAGUCUACAAGCUGCUGGCGAUGAGUUGGCCAUUCGCUGGAACCCUGUUCGGACUUUUCCUCUGUAAACUCUUCCCAUUCCUACAAAAGGCUUCAGUUGGAAUAACAGUACUCAACCUGUGUGCCCUGAGUGUAGACAGGUAUCGUGCUGUGGUCUCGUGGAGUCGUGUGCAUGGUAUAGGCAUCCCCGCCUCCACCAGGUUCGAGAUCGUGUGUAUCUGGGCGCUGUCCUUUAUCCUGGCCGUUCCUGAAGCUAUGAGCUUCAACAUGGUCAGCUUCGAGCGCAACAACAUCACCGUGGAGACCUGCAUGCUCAGUCCCAACAUGUCCUUCAUGGCGUUUUAUAUAGAUGCAAAGGACUGGUGGCUGUUUGGGUUUUACUUCUGCAUGCCGUUGGCAUGUACAGCUAUCUUCUACACUUUGAUGACCUGUGAGAUGCUCAGCCACACGAAGGGAAGCCUGAGGAUUGCACCGACCGAACACCUCAAACAGCGCCGUGAGGUAGCGAAGGUAGUAUUCUCUCUGGUACUGAUAUUUGCUCUAUGCUGGUUCCCUCUACACCUGAGUCGCAUUCUGAAGAAGAUGGCUUACAUUCCGCAUGAUACAGAACGCUGUGACCUCCUCAAUUUCUUGCUGGUACUGGACUACUUCAGCAUAAAUCUGGCAACCAUAAACUCCUGCAUCAACCCCAUUGUACUCUACUUUGUCAGCAAGAAGUUUAAAAAUUGCUUCAAGUCAUGUCUCUGCUGUUGGUGUUAUUCCGACUCGCUGCUGAACAGCGCGGGAACCAGCAUCCUGUACAAGUGCCCCGACUUCCACAACAUUCCUGACCUCCAGAAUAGCCCGGCCAAUCGGACAUCACAACAGAAGAACAGCUACAACUGAUCACACAAAGACACACACACUCUCUCUCUCUCUCUCUCUCUCUCCUUCUCUCUCUCUAUCUCUCUCUCACACACACAUAUAUACAUACACAAGAACCUACAUAAGCAAGUAGCCAGAUUAGGAAAGGUAGCCCUAUGCCGCCUAACUGUCUGAAUGGAGUCACCCUUCAGGCUGCAGUGCCCUUCAGGCUGCUCUCACCUGACAUGCUCAAACCAAAGGUCAUUGUCAUUCACUGUUAAACCUCACCUGGUAUGAGCUACAACUUAUAAUGGUGAUUUUGUGGUAUAUUGAUUAUGUUGAAAUUGCUGUAUUUUAUUUUACUUCAUUAUUGUUUUUGAUAUUUAUUAAGGUUGUCCUAAUGAGGCUAUGCUUUUAAAUGGAGGCUUUUAAACAUAACAACAGUAAACUAACACCAUCAACAAAAGAAACAGAUACGUUAGAAUAGUUCAAAUAUGUAUAUUUAGUGAUGGUGUACACCUUUUGCCUAUAUACAAUAACUUAUUUGUUUUAUAAUAUUUUCAUUUUUGUGCUAUGUAAAUUUAUUUAAGUAUAUUAAUACGUCCUAGCUGUUGCACUAGUUAAUAACUAGUUAAUAGCUUCAUAUUGUGAGACUGCAGUUAUGCUUGACAUGUGCGUCUAGCUCCAGAUCAGAACGCCACCAGCUCAAACAAGGUUGUCCUUCACCCCGCACUUUUGUGAGCCGUUCGUGCUUUGCACAAAACCUCGUCCAUGGUGUUUUUAAACGAGCUGAAGAUGGCUGCUUGUCUGACAGCUUGUUUGUCUUCCGAACUGAGUACAGGAGGUUCCAUUACAGCGGAAUGUGUCCAUAAAGAACUGGUGGCCAGUCAGAAUUGUGUAUGUCAUCUUUUUUUUUUUUUUUUUGUGGUUCAAUGAACUAAAGCCUUUACCAAAACAGUCUGCAUCGCCUUCUUAUACUGAAUCUAGAGAACAUGAUUUGCGAGAGCAACUUAUGAGAUGUUAGAUUUUACUAAAUUGUACAUUUACAAUUUGGCUGAAAAGAAAACACAAAUGUAUUUAUUUUUGAUUCAGCUUUUAACUGAAAAAUGAGCCAAAAAAUGUCCUACUGGUUACUGACGUUAAGGUUAGUUAGAAGGUACAGGGUUAGCAGGAUUGGAAGUCAUUGGAAAAUAUAAGAGUGUGUGCGCGUGUGUGCAUGUGCGUUGGUGUGUUUAUUUCUGCUACAGAGCAACGGAAAGUUAAUCUAACCUGCAACAAUUUUCUUUUCAUAUCUGCAAACCUGUGAAGAAUAAAGUGCAGUUAAAGGACAA